AAGGAAAGCUUGGAUUUGGUACCAAACAAUUACUUAUUAAAAAUAGCUGCCGAAAGCAACCCAAAGCAAGCCGACCACUAUAUAAACUCCAAAAUCAGCUGCUCUCAGAAACACUUUCACUCCACUCAACUCAAUUGAAUUCCCAACCAUUCUUGGCACCAAUUCAAACUCCGCACGCCAGCCAUGGGCAGCGUCGAGGAAAUCCUAGGUGAACUCAACCGCGACGCCUUCGUCUCCCUCCUGCAGAAGGUGAUCGGAGAGUCGGAGCACGUCCAGAACAACCCGCCGGAGCUGAUUCCGCAGGAAGUAAGGGUCGCCAAUCACGUCCUGGAAGUCCUCCGCCCUCUCAGCACCGAGUGCGGGGGUCCGUUGAUUGUGAAUCACGUUUCUUACUCUCCCGGCAGAAGCAAUCUCAUCGUCGAGUACCCUGGAACGGAGUCCGGCAAGAUCUUGUCCUUCGUCGGGAUGCAUAUGGACGUCGUCACUGCCAACCCCGCCGACUGGUGUUUGCAGUGAUGUUGCUGUUGUGCUAACCUCCAGUUGGCAUACAAGGACGAGCUGCCACAUCUGCAGCACAAUGGCAAAAACUGGAGGAAUUCGAUCCAUUUGCACUGAGCAUUGAUGGGGAUAAGCUUUGUGGGCGAGGGACAACUGAUUGUCUGGGACACGUGGCCCUAGUGACUCAGCUCAUGAAAAAGCUAGGAGAGACGAAGCCGGAAUUGAAGUCUACUGUUGUUGCUGUUUUCAUAGCGAGUGAAGAGAACUCUUCCAUAACAGGAAUUGGAGUUGAUGCACUUGUGAAAAAUGGGCUUCUUGAUAAACUGAAGAAUGGACCUCUAUUCUGGAUUGACACAGCCGAUAAACAGCCUUGUAUUGGUACCGGUGGCAUGAUACCAUGGAAAGUUCAUGUCACCGGGAAACUCUUUCACAGUGGGUUACCCCACAAGGCCAUAAAUGCUUUGGAAUUAGGCAUGGAAGCAGUUAAAGAGAUUCAGUUGCGGUUUUACAAACACUUUCCAGCUCAUCCCAAGGAGAAAGACUAUGGAUUUGCUACGCCGUCAACAAUGAAACCAACUCAAUGGAGUUAUCCUGGAGGUGGCAUCAAUCAAAUCCCAGGAGAGUGUACAAUUGCUGGGGAUGUCAGGUUGACUCCCUUCUACAAUGUAGCAGAUGUAUUGAAGAAGCUACAAGAGUACGUAGAUGAUAUAAAUCUGAACAUAGAGAAGCUAGAUAGCCGAGGGCCAGUCUCACAUUAUGUUCUUCCAGAUGAAAACAUGAGAGGGAGACUUGCAAUAUCCUUUGAGGAGGCAUUUUCCGGUGUUGCUUGCAACCUCGAGUCUCGUGGCUUUCACGUCUUGUGCAAAGCAACCGAGAAGGUGGUUGGCUACGUAAAGCCCUACUCAAUAACGGGAAGUUUACCACUGAUACGCGAAUUGCAGGAGGAAGGUUUCGACGUUCAGACAGCAGGUUAUGGUCUGAUGGCUACAUACCACGCCAAGAACGAGUACUGCCUGUUAUCCGAUAUGGCCCAAGGCUACAAGGUCUUCACCAGCAUCAUCUCCCAGUUGGAAGACUAGAUUUUCACACCAUACAACCAUCCAAGUUCCGAGUGGAUUCCCUCGAUUCAUGCUCGUAAUUUCUGAUACAAUGGAGACCGCUUGCUGGAAACUAUCACUCGGAACUAAGCCUAUAAUCUAGGAACACUCUGUGUCGCAUCAUAUUAUUUUUCUUUACAAAGGUUAAUAUAUAUAUAUAUACCUAAUCAUGAUGCUCUGGAACAUAUGCUAUACAUUGUCCAGCUAUUUCCCAUCACUGGAUUCUCCCUCUCUCUGAUUUAAGCUGCAGGAUUCUAUGGCGCAGUUUUCUCCGGUGGUCGUGUAUCUUCCACAGGCCAUGCCCCAAAACCACCGUCGAGUAUAUCCCGUGGGUGAUCAUGGGUGCAAGAAUGUUGUUUGUCUGGAUCCAUUCAUAUCCGAGGUAGAGAGACAGCAGCCCUUCAAGUAAGGGUGAGUAGAUCUUCCUCAUUUGCCUCCUCUCGUACCAGGCUGCAAAGAGUCGUUUGAGAUCCUCGCGGCCCGA